UUUUACGAUUUUCUCUCAACGUCCUUAAUUACUUGUUCAUUUUGCGAAAGCCCAUCUACCUAAAUAUAGUUAAAUUGAAACAGGAGCGGCAAAGUACUAACCGGGUCCUUAACCGGGUCGCGCUAAUUGAAAUGGGUCGAAGAGAUCGCGUGACGCAUGUUUGAACAUGAGACACCAGGCACAGGUCUAGGUGUUGUUGGUUACCUACCUAGGAGGCAACGAAGCUCGACGACCUCGCGCGGCAGUGCCACACGAACUGCCGUGGCGAACGGCGGCUUGAACGCUCUACCUCACGAUCGCGAAGGUGCGCUGGUGCGCACGUUUACAUUGUUUAUACAUCGGAGGCAGUCCUCCCGUCGGCCUCGUCGCGGCCGCAGCGGUCAAUACCGCCAGCGUCUUAGAUACUUGUCUGCGGUCACAAGCACUCCUGAAUCUCGCCCCCCGCACAAUAUAAGGAACAAGGAACAGAUAUUAGCGAUUAUUACUAAGGGUAAGGAAUCAGACAUUAAGCGUUGCCAAUUACAUUAUCGUCAACUAUUACGUCCAGUCUAUUUCUGGACCGCGAGUAGCGUUCGUCGCUCACAAGAUCCCGAAGACGUCGAAGACGAUCGCGGUCGUACGUACACCGACAAGUUCCUUCGGGGCCCUGAAACCGGUUUCUCUCUCACAAGCGGCGACUUUCACUGCAUAAUGUCCGCAUUGUUGCUGUUGUUGGUCGCGUCGCUCCUGACCCCCCCGAGCGUCCACGUGCUCGCACGCGAUGUCGAUUUCUGCUUCGUGGACGAGGAUGACCCGUACCUGUACAUGGGCACGAAGACCGCGUACCAUUUCGUUCACGGCGGCAAGACCCGGUUCCAGACAGUGCCGAAUUGCCGACCGAUGCAAAUCUGGAUGCUCGCGGCACACGGCACCCGUUGCCCGACCAUGCACGAGAUCGACAAGAUCGUCUCUUUAACUAAUCUCAAAGAGCAGAUACUCCAGAAUCAUGAAGAGCGCAGAGAGGGUCACAUGUGCAAUCGAGAUUUGGAAAACUUGCGAAGAUGGAAGCCUGACGAAUAUUUGUCCUCACAACGGGCGGAGGUCCUGACGCCACAAGGGGUCGAGGACAUGAAACUGCUGGCGAGAAGGUUGCAGAGCAAUUUCCCGGAGCUGUUGCUGCCCAAUAUCCACAACAUUACAUCCACCAAUUACAAGUUCCGUGCUACCGAAGCUCGCGAUAGUAUGACAUCCUUUAUGGAAGGACUGUUCGGAAGCAGGUCCGCCGUACUUCCGGAAGAAAGUUCCCUCAACGACACUUUACUUACCGCGUACAAAACAUGCGGCGUGUGGAAAAACGAAGAGAAUAACGAAGGAUCGUUUGAGAAUAUGGAACACAGCAGAUUCGACGCUGGGCCAGAAUUCCAGAAUCUUUUGAAGAACGUUAGCAGACGACUCGGUUUUCUGUACAAUAUUUCUGCUGAUAUGGUCGACGCUAUGUACGACGCGUGUCGAUAUCAGAAGGCCUGGUCUGUCACCGAACUUUCACCUUGGUGCGCCGUCUUCAGCAAGGAGGAACUCCGCGUUUUGGAAUACAGGGAGGACCUCGAUUACUAUUACAAAGCGGGUUACGGACGAGAUAUCAACACUCGUUUAGGAUGUCCUCUGUUGCACGACAUGAUGCGACACUUUUGGAAUAUAGCACGCGACGAGAUGUCGAACGAACCCGCGGGCAUCUUCUACUUCAGUGAUAUCGUCAGCCUGCAAAAUCUUCUGACUACGAUGGGCAUAAAUGAAGACCAGACGCGGCUGACCGCUUAUAAUUACAAAGACGUGGCUAGACGUCAAUGGCGCACGUCACUGAUAUCGUCCUUCGCCGCGAAUCUCAUCGCAGUAUUUUACAAAUGCAACGACAGUAAUAACCGCAAUAAAGUGAUGUUUUAUCUGGCGGAGAAACCAAUACGGUACAAUGGCUGUCAAGUGGGCCUUUGCGAUUGGGAAUUACUGAAGAGCAAGUUCGGCCAGCUGGCGUCCAACUGUAAGCUGGACGUCUGCUGGAAGGCGAGUGGAGCAACUUGCAGCUUUUCAAAUUCUAUAGCCAUAUUAUUAGUGUGCUUUGUUCUAGUCCGCCUUGGCUACCGACACGUACGACUAUUUGACAACCUUUGACAACUCUGACCGGUGGACUCUGAUGUCGGUGUAACCAUGGCCAGUCCACGGACACGACGAGUGCUAAGUGAACUGAAGCCAAGGGACGAGAACACGAAAUGCUUCGAAUGUGGCAGCCACAAUCCGCAAUGGGUAUCCGUGACAUAUGGCAUUUGGAUAUGUCUCGAGUGUUCUGGCAAACAUCGUGGUCUAGGUGUACACUUGUCGUUCGUCCGCUCCGUUUCUAUGGACAAGUGGAAGGACGUGGAACUGGCAAAAAUGAAGGUUGGCGGUAAUAGAAAUGCCCGUGAGUUCUUUGAGAGUCAACCCGACUGGGACGACGCCAUGUCCCUCUCACAGCGUUAUAAUACUAAGGCAGCGGCAUUGUACAGAGACAAGAUCGCUACAUUGGCGAGAGGAGAGCCUUGGAGUCCAAACAGUUCAACGGUCAAGGACGUGACGUCAUCGACGUUCAUUAAAAGUAAGCAAGAGCACUCGUAUCAGAGCGACUUGUCCUCUUCUUAUCAAAAUAUGGACUCGAGUAGUCUCAAGGUACAAACGGAAUCCUUCUUUGCGAAGAAACAGAAUGAAAAUGCCACGCGUCCAGAGUUGUUGCAGGGCUGGUCAAUAUUCUCUUCCUCGGCGUCGAAAAUAGCGAGCAAAGCUACCGAGAACGCGAUUAAGAUCGGAGGACUCGCGACGCAAAAGGUUCGUGACGGCACAUUGUUAGAGGACGUAGGAACUCAGGUCAAUCAUUUGGUUACAAAGGUUGGGGAUAUAACGAGACGGGGAGGAUGGGGUGACAUUGCUGGGACCAAUUCAGCGGAACAACAAAGGCAAUAUGAUUCCAUGGACCGAUACCAGUCCUCUAACACGUAUCAGAAUAGCGAUUCAAUACAAUCGAAUCGCUCCAAUGAAAAAUCGUCUCUCGUAAGAAGCUCCAGUUCAAAAAGUAACAUUUCUACCGGAGAUUCCUCCAAUAUUUCCAACUGCGAUUGGGAUUGGGGCAAUGACGCAAGACAAACGGGCAAGACGAUAACUUCGAAGAGGCACGCGAAAGCGGAGAAGAAGGAGGAAUCAUUGAUCAAUUUCGAAACGGACAAUAAGGCACAACAGAAUUGGAACUCGAAAGCGGAAGACGACGCCUGGGAAAUACUAAAUAAUUAACUCUGAUCAAUCAUUAGCACGAAUUAGGGAAUGAGGAUAUCGGUAUAUGUUAUUACUGAAAAUUAAAGAGAAUACGGAUAACAUUA